GGAAGUGACACCUUCCACAUGGCAAGCUACCGUUCAAGAAGAAAUCCAGUGCAGCGCCUGCCAUAUUGAAGAGGGUCUAAUCAGGAGCCAUUUGGGGAAAGGGUUAAUUGUUUAAGACUGAGCUACAGAAAAACUUCACUUUAGUGUUUCUGGAGUCACACUGCCAUGCGUGGAAGAUAGCCACAAGAGACAGUCGCAGAAAAGGCACAGGCUAGACAGAGGACCCAAGGGAAGUUUAAACUCAGGCCAGGAAGGACACUAAGGUCCCACCCUCCAACUUGAGAAGCCAGGCCUAUGAUGUGUGGCUUUUCCAGGGGCCUGGGUCUAAAAGUGCUUACACUGAGCCCAGUGGACUGCUUGACCCCUGCCCUGCUUCCCACAUCUGGCACAGAACUCAGUAGCCUGUUUGCUUUCCCCAGCUACCACUGUGAUCAGAGGUACAGACAGUGGGGCCUCUGGAGCAGGAAAGGAACCUCACAAGCCCACAGGCCAUAAAUCUAGGCAGAGAAAGCUGUGACUUGGAGCACACAAAGGGACACAGUGGAAACUGGAAGCAGCUGGAGUGAAUAUAUCCCUACAGGGAAAUCAUUGAAGACCACAACCAGCAGGAGAGGUGGGGAAGGAUUCAGCAUUCACACAUAAAACUAUGGAGAAACCGAGGCUUGGAAAGGUGAAGUAAUUUGUCCAAGGUCACAAAGCUGGUGAGCACCAGCUAGCACUAUGGCAGGGCUGGGAGCCUGCAGCCUGACCAGAGCAGCCUUGAUCAUCCUCUUCCUUCCCAGAAGUGAGAAGAGCAAGGUGUAGAGUCUCAGUACCACACACCUGGGUCACAUAAUGAGUCGGGCACGGAUCCAGGAUCUCAGCCAUCUGCUCCAGGGGAGCUCUGGCCCAUCACACUGCAUCGCCUUCCAGAGCAGUGAUGGGCAUUGGAAGUACCCUGAUCAAGCUGGGCCCACACAAUCAGAUUUAAGUUUUCAAAAGGUUUCUGUGGCUGAGGGGUUGUUAUCACUGAGAUCACUGCUUUCACCAUCCUCGGGGAGGGCGCUGGGGCAGGGAGCAGCCUCUCUCUGGUGGGGAGCUAGAACCCACUCUCAGGAUUGAGUGCACAUCCCUUCCCAACUCUGCAUUCAUUCAAUGAGAGCACAUUCGCAGCUGGAACUCAGGCGUGAUUGGAGUGUUUCUAGCAUGGGAAGCAGCACCCACUGCAAAUCAGGACCUGUUUCUCUCCCUAGAGCCAGUCGACAACCAUCUACCAGCACAUUGCUAUCUCUGUCCCACUCCCACAGCCUCUUGCCUCACUAAUAUCAACCCUUCCCAGCCCAGCCCCAUGUCUGGAAGGAUGAGGCAGGCAGGUGAGGGCCCCCCAAGUCUAGGGGUACAAGGCCUAGACUUCACCCAGAUCAGCCAAGCGGAGGAGUUCCUUGUGGCCUGUUCUUUCCCACCCCAGGCUUGGAGAACUGCGGACACAUCAGCAUCUCCGCUCAUGUCAUGCGCCUGGGGGACCCUGUCACAGCCUCCUGCACUGUCACCCAGAGCUGCAGCCACCUGGAUCCAGAGCCACAGAUCCUAUGGAAGCUGGGAGCAGAGCUGCUGCAGCACAGGGGGAGGCAGCAGAGCCACCCUGAUGGGUCCCAGAAAUCGACCAUCACCCUGCCACACCUCAACAGCACUCACACCUUUCUCCUCUGCUACCUGAACUGGAGCAACAGCCUGCAACUCCUGGACCAAGCUGAGCUGUGGGCAGGCUACCCUCCAGCCAUGCCCUCUAACCUGUCCUGCCUCAUGAACCUCACGAGCAACAGCCUCAUCUGCCAGUGGGAGCCAGGACCUGACACCCACCUGCCCACUAACUUCACCCUGAAAAGCUUCAAGAGCCGGGGCGACUGCCAGACCCAGGAGGACCCCAUCAAGGACUGCGUGCCUGCUGCCGGGCAGAGCUCCUGCUCCAUCCCACGCAAGCACCUGCUCUUGUACCAGAACAUGGUCAUCUGGGUGCAGGCAGAGAAUGCGCUGGGGACCAGCCUGUCCCCACAGCUGUGCCUUGACCCCAUGGACGUUGUAAAACUGGAGCCCCCCACACUGAUGGCCCUGGACCCCAAUCCUGAGAUGGCCCUACCCCAGCCAGACUGCCUGUGGUUGCGCUGGGAGCCAUGGAAGCCCAGCAUUUACAUGGACCAGAAGUGUGAGCUGCGCUACCGGCCACAGCUAAGAGAAGCCAGCUGGGCACAGGUGGCCCCCCUGCCCUCCAGCACCACCCGGUACGAGCUCUGUGGGCUCCGUCCAGCCACAACCUAUGCCCUGCAGAUGCGCUGCAUCCGCUGGCCCUUGCCUGGCCACUGGAGCACCUGGAGCCCCAGCCUGGAGCUUCAAACCACCCAAGGGGCCCCCAUCGUCAGACUGGACACGUGGUGGCGGCAAAGGCAGCUGGAUCCCAAAACCAAGCAGGUGCAGCUGUUCUGGAAGCCCACACCCCUGGAGGAAGACAGCGGACAGAUCCAAGGGUACCUGCUCUCCUGGAGCACCCCAGGCCACGCCGGGCCAGUCUUGCUCCUCUGCAACACCACAGAGCUGAGCUGCACCUUCCAGCUGCCUUCUGGGGCCGGGGAGGUGACUCUUGUGGCCUACAACAGAGCUGGGACCUCUCAUCCCACCCCAGUGGUCUUUCUGGAGAGCAAAGGCCCAGCCCUGGCCAGACUCCAUGCCAUGGCCCGAGACCCUCAGUGCCUCUGGGUGUGCUGGGAGGCCCCCAGCCCUGUCCCUCAGGGCUAUGUGAUUGAAUGGGGCCUGAGUCCCCCCAGCCCCAGCAGCACCAACAUGACCUGGAGGCUGGAACCCAAUGGGAGCAUCACGGAGACUCUGCUGCAGGAGAACAUCAGGCCCUUUCAGCUCUACGAGAUCACUGUGACUCCCCUGUAUCAGAGCACCAUGGGACACCCCAAGAACGUCUAUGUCUACUCCCAAGAAAUGGCCCCUCCCCGCACCCCAGUGCUGCAUCUAAAGCACAUUGGUAAGACCUGGGCUCAGCUGGAGUGGGUGCCGGAGCCCUCUGAGCUGGGGAAGAGCCCCCUUACCCACUACACCGUCUUCUGCACCAACAUGCAGGACCAAUCCUUCUCCACCAUCCUGAACGCCUCCUUCCAUGGCUUUGUUCUGCACGGCCUGAAGCCCUCCACCCUGUACCAUGUCCACCUCAUGGCCACCAGCCAGGCCGGGGCCACCAAUAGUACAAGCCUCACCCUGAUGACCUUGGCCCAAGGAGAGUCUGAGCUACACAUCUUCCUGGGCGUGUUUGGCAUCCUGGUUUUGCUCAUCCUUCUCUGUGGGACUGCCUGGCUCUGCUGCAGCCCCAGCAGGAAGAAUCCACUGUGGCCAAACGUGCCAGACCCGGCCCACAGCAGCCUGGGCUCCUGGGUGUCCACCACCAUGGCAGAGGAGACCUUCCAGCUGCCCAGCCUUCGGGACCCCAGCAUGACAUCCAUCACCAAGAUCACCGUGCUGGAGGAGGAGGAGAAGAAGCAGCUAGGGCCCUGGGAGUCCAGUGACAGCUCGGAGACCUGUGGCCUCCCUACCCUCGUCCAGGCCUAUGUGCUCCAGAAAGACCCAAGAGCAGCUUCCACCCAGUCACAGCCACAGCCUGGCGCCAGUGACCAGGUCUUUUACGGGCAGGUGCUGGGCAGCUCCACCACUCCAGGGCCAGGGCCCUACAUUCGCUGUGACUCUACUCAGCCCCUCUUGGGGGGCCUCACCCCCAGUCCUAAAUCCUAUGAGAAUCUUUGGUUCCAAACCAGUCCCCUGAGGAUGCCAGUGUCGCCAUCCCAAAACCAGGAGGAUGACUGUGUCUUUGGGCCACUGCUUGACUUCCCCCUCCUGCAAGGGCUCCGUGUCCAUGGAGUGGAGGGACUCGCAGGCUUCUAGGGUUUCCUGAGUCUCCCUAUCUGGGCCUGGACUAUCCAGAGGAGAGGAGAGGUCAGUAAGCCCAUUACUAAAACUACCCAGGGCCAGGAAAGGCAGGAAGGCUCCCAGUCUCUCCCUAUCCCUGGUUUCCAGCACCUCUUUCCCUCUCAAUCUCCAUAGGCUGGGCCUCCCAGGCCACCUGCAUAAUUUAAGAGACUGGUAAUGCUCUGUCCAGCCCCACCUACUGGCCUUCUGUGCUUGUUUCCUACAGUAAUUUCAGUCUCAUAAACUGUUAUUGUUUUUUA